GGCAUCCUUCGACCACGCCCCUCCAGAGGCUGGCGUACUUAAAGGAGUUGGCGGCGCGUCUCUACUCAGAGCGCAGCGGCACGGCCUCGCGGGUGGAGUCCCUCGCGACCCCUGUGCGAACCGGCGACCCCCGGCUGCUUUGGCCACCAUGCCGCGCUCUUUCCUCGUCAGGAAGUCCGCCUGCUCCCGCCGGAGGCCCAACUACAGCGAGCUGCACGACUCUUCUCCAGAGUUUACCUUCCAGCAGCCCUACGACCAGGCCCACCUGCUGGCGGCCAUCCCGCCUCCCGAGGUCCUCAACCCCACGGCCUCUCUGCCCACGCUCAUCUGGGACUCUCUCCUGGCGCCCCAAGCCCAGCCCAUCGGCUGGGCCGCCCUUCUGCCCCAGGAGGUCCCCAAGGCUGCGGAGCUGACCUCCCUGUCGGACGACGACAGCGGGAAAGGCUCGCAGCCGCCCAGCCCCCCCUCGCCGGCCCCUUCGUCCUUCUCCUCCACCUCGGCCUCUUCCCUGGAGGCCGAGGGUUACGUUGCCUUCCCAGGCCUGGGCCGGUUGCCCGCGCAGCUGGCCGGGCUCUCCGUGGCCAAGGACUCCCAGACUCGCAAGGCCUUCAGCUGCAAGUACUGCAACAAGGAAUACCUCAGCCUGGGCGCCCUCAAGAUGCACAUCCGCAGCCACACGCUGCCCUGCGUCUGCGGCACCUGCGGGAAGGCCUUCUCCAGGCCCUGGCUGCUGCAGGGCCACGUGCGGACCCACACCGGAGAGAAGCCCUUUUCCUGCUCCCACUGCAGCCGAGCCUUCGCCGACCGCUCCAACCUUCGGGCCCACCUCCAGACCCACUCGGAUGUCAAGAAGUAUCAGUGCAAGACCUGCUCCCGAACCUUUUCGCGCAUGUCCCUGCUGCACAAGCACCAAGAGUCAGGCUGCUCGGGGGGCCCCCGCUGACCCUCAAAGCUCCUUCUGCCUCUCCAGACCCUCCCCCAGCCAUUGCGGCCUCCAUCCUUCCAACUGCCACGGAAUUCCCUUCUGAGCUCCCCCUUUUGGCUGCGUUUGCCCCGCAGGACUCCGAGGACCUUUUUCCAGUUCUCUCUGCCCUGGUGCCUCAGUGGGCUCUGAGAGAGGCCUUCCCGUGGACGUUUCUGUGAACGGCUGGUGGGGAGGGUGGCUUGCAGCCAAGUGUUCUGGAGUUGGCCUCUCUGUGUGGGUUUGUGUAUCCAAAGGUGUUUGGAUACAGCUGCUUUGAGCUCCGGGACAAAAGCAGACAGACUGAUGGGAAGCUCCCCCCACUCAGGGGAACCCACUCCUCCCCCACCCGGAACCCUCAGGCCACCCCUCCAGGAGGUGUGACUAACCGCGCAGGUUCACCCCCAGGGCCUGUGGGGGCGGUCACUGACACAAGGACUGGUCUGGACCCCAGGUUGCCCCCGGGCCUGGGCAGCUAUUUCAGCCUCCUGUUUGUCCUGGUGGCACCUGUUUCAUGGGCAAUUUAACAACGUCUCAAAAGAGACUGUGAGUAAUUGCUGUCACUUGUUGGGGGCCCGAGUGGGGUGCUUCAGCCUGACCGAUGUGUCUCCCAGAACUAUUUUUGGGGUCUGACAGGUGGGCCUGGGAGGAAGAUGUUUACAUUUUUAAAGGUACACUGGUAUUUAUAUUGCAAGCAACAUUUUGUACUAAGGAAACGUUUUGUAUAGUUAUAUGUACAGUUUAUUGAUAUUCAAUAAAGUGGUUAAUUUAUGUAUUAA